UAUUUACUUGACGCCAUGGUAUUCAGGCUGCUCUGACAGAAACCCCCCUGUUACGAUCGACGUGUCAGUACCAAAAAGUGUCAGUGUUGAACUACCCUGUCUUAUUGGCUACCGGUUGUCAGGGCAUCCGUCCUUUGAGAGAGGCUGGUGGGAACUUAACAGUCAGGAUAACGUGGUCAAAAAGGAUUCUUCCGGAACAGUAAAUAGUUCAGAAGGUUAUGGGAUAACUGACGAGUUUUCUCUGAUCGUGAACAAAACUGAGCCCGGAAAAUGGUUGUAUAAGUGCACAGUGAUGAACGAUACAGCCCUCGACAACCUACGACAACAGCUGACUACACUCGUCGUCACAGAUGACGUCACAGAGGUCAUUAAUCGAUCUUCCGGUAAUGACGUCACAUUGCAUUGCCCUGCUGAUAAAGGAUCUCUGGCCACGUGGUAUAAGGGGAUGAGCAUACCCAGGAAGACUGUAGCCGCCAGUGCGCCCAGCCCAGGGUCAGAGUUCACGAUACCGUCGGCUUCGGAGUCAGAUUCGGGGAUUUAUGUCUGUGACGUUAUCGCUGAGAACCACGGCCAAGUCAAGAGAAAACUCCUGUAUUUCGCGGUGUCUGUCACUGAGGCUGAAGGGGACGGGCUCCAGCUAAGCCUGAUAGUUAGCACGGCAGUGAUACUAUGUGUCGUGUUAGCAGUAGGAGUUAUAUGCUACAGAAGGAGGAAGACGAGAAACACAGGUCGGGAUGAUACAAGUAUUCGAUAUCAGUCAUCUGUCUCCCAGACUCCAGAUGUGUGCCAGUAUGUGAAAGUUGGCUCAAAUAUAUCUCCUGACGAGAGUGUAGUGAUGGAGACAGGUUGAGUGGCCUCGUGCAGGUAGACUUGUGUAAACACCUCCAAACGACAGUAUGAUGGUGAGUGGUUGAGUGGCCUCGUGCAGGUAGACUUGUGUAAACACCUCCAGACGACAGUAUGAUGGAGACAGGUUGAGUGGCCUCGUGCAGGUAGACUUCUGUAAACACCUCCAGACGACAGUAUGAUGGGGAGUGGUUGAGUGGCCUCGUGCAGGUAGACUUCUGUAAGUACCUCCAGACGACAGUAUGAUGGGUACAGGUUGAGUGGCCUCGUGGAAACAGAUUUGUGUAAACACCUCCUGACGACAGUAUGAUGGGGACAGGUUGAGUGGCCUCGUGGGAACAGAUUUGUGUAAACACCUCCAGACGACAGUAUGAUCGGGAAGUAGUUGAGUGACUGCACUGGUAGAUUUGUCUGCACAAAUGUGACAAUGGUAUGGUAAUAGUGACGAACAAAAUAUCGGACGACAAAUGCACGUAAAAAAUUUUAUACACCGCUUUGAAAGAAAUAAUCAUUUACUCAGAGUCAUUCUGGCAGGGUCAUUAUGUGUUUGUAUCACGAAUGCAUUCCAAAUGGAAGGAAAUGUUAGUACACUGAUUGUAACAAAAGGAAG